GGAUUCUUCAAGGGAAUGUCAUUCCCAUUGGUUAGCAUUGCUGUCUACAACUCAGUGGUAUUUGGUGUCUUCAGCAAUACCCAGAGGUUCAUUAGCCAACAUCGCUAUGGGAAUUCUAACAGUCCUCCAGCUCUUAUGGACUUAGCACUAGCAAGCAUGGCAGCAGGGGCUGUGUCAGUAGGAAUUGGUGGUCCAGUUGAUCUAGUAAAGAUACGGCUACAGAUGCAGACCCAAACUUUUCUUGAAGCCAACCUAAAUCUGAAACACAGGGUCACUGGCAUUUCCAUACAGACUGCUUACAGAGGCCCCGUUCAUUGUGUUGCCACAAUUCUUCGGCAAGAUGGCUUAGCUGGACUGUAUCGAGGUUCUAGUGCUAUGAUUCUGAGGGACAUUCCUGGAUAUUGCCUCUACUUUAUCCCUUACGUAUUACUCUGUGGAUGGAUCACCCCUGAUGGAUGCCUGUCUCCUAGCCCCUUUUCUGUGUGGAUAGCUGGUGGUAUUGCAGGAGCAAUAUCUUGGGGAACUGCUACUCCUAUGGAUGUUGUGAAGAGCCGUCUUCAAGCAGAUGGGGUUUAUUUCAAGAAAUACAAAGGAGUAAUUGACUGCAUCUCCCAAAGCUAUCAUAAUGAUGGUCUAAAGAUCUUUUUUAGGGGCCUCACGGUGAAUGCAGUGCGUGGAUUCCCAAUGUGUGCUGCCAUGUUUCUGGGAUAUGAACUUUCACUGAAAGCCAUAAGAGACCAAGCGGAGACAAAUCCUUGA